GCUGCGGGAAGCCCCCUGGGGCUGCCCGCGGGGCCGCAGCGCAGGGCGGCACGGAGCCACGGCGCUGCUCCGCCUUCCGGCUCAGUGCAGGGGCAGACAUGGAUAAUGUGAAGGAUGAAAAAAGUAGGACGCUCUGUGCAACUUCACAAGAAGAACUCAAAGUCAGAGGAAAAGAAAAAAGGAAACGAAAACGCAGUAGAAGCAGAUCAUCAUCCGUUUCAUCCACAUCGUCUUCUAGCACUACAUCCACUUCUUCCUCCUCAUCAUGCUCAUCAUCAAGGUCAUCUUCAAGUAGCAGAGAUUCUCCUAAGUCUAAAUCAAAGAAAAAGAAAAAAGAAAAACACAAUAAAAAGGUAAACAUUUACAGAUAUAAAUAA